AUGGGUAAAGAAAAGUGUUUACCUAAAGCUGAAAGUAGUAAAAUGGCAAAGAAGAAAACUAAAAAGAGAUCAUGUAAACAUAAAAAAAAAAAUUUUAUCACCAAGGCGAUUGCAGAAGCAAUCGCUGUACUCAAAAGUAAAGGAAAAGGGCUUGAACUAUCAAGCUCUAGCUCUAGUAGUGCUAGCACUACUAGUAGUAAAGAUGAUAGAAGGCGAUCAGAUAGUGAAAGCAGUGGAA